AUGGAUGUAGCAUUGGGGCACAUGACCAAGGAUAGUAAAUAUCCAGUUGCAAAAAUCAUGUACAACCUGCUCGAUAAUUAUGAUAAUGCCGAGAGUAUAUACACUAAACAUGCCCAUGUAAAAAUAAACAUGAUUCGUGAAGCAAGUACGGUGGUGAUUCUUGCUCGUAGUCCAAUGAUCCUCGAUGGUGAUUCCUGGGCUUUAGAUCCAUUCUUGAAUGUUGUAUUUUCUACUGGUGGUAUUAUGAGUAGAGAUGGUCAUUUCACGCCUUUGAUCGGAAACAAUGACUUGAAGCCUGAUGUGAAGUACAGCGCUCGAAUUGGAUCUAAUACGUAUGAUUUCUUAAUAAUUGAAGUCAAGUGUCCAAGCUCUACCAAAGAUGAUUUAUUUUAA